AUGGUGGGCGCCAAACAGCCGCCUAAGGGCAAGCUAUACAAUGAGUUGAAAGGAGGCGAAAAGCAUAAAAGUGGAGUAAAUUACGUCCGGUUAUAAGCGUACGAUAAGAAAUUAUAUUCGAGAUCCAAGGAUAUUAACAAGCCGAUAAACCGCGAGACUUAUAUUAGGUUAACAUCGUAUUAUUAUAGUCGAACGUCGAACGAUCGAGAUUCGAUGCUUUCCGUUUUAGAUUUUCCGGAGCGUGAAAAAUAUUACUGUUUCGCUAAUGAGCGGAAAACUGUUUUUACCACGGAAAACGUACAAAGAAAACCUGGGAUUUUUUAUUAUUAUUGUUAUUUUUUUUUUUUUUUUUUUUUUUGNCAAGUAAUAAUAAAUCCAAUUUUAAUAUAAUAUUAUACAAAUUCCUUCUUUCGAUGUUACAUAGGUAGUUAAAUAAAAAGGUGUUUGUCACAGAUUAACUAGGGUGAAAUGUUAAACAUUAUUUUACAAAGCCAUGUAAAUAAAAAAAACUUAUACUCCAGCGUUUUUAGUAAUCGAAACAGGUAUAAUUUUUCAAAGCAAAAAUAUACCGACACGCAAACCCAACAAAAUCAACUAAAAUCCUUAGGGAACGAACUUGAAUUAAGAGACUUGAUAUUUCAUAUAUGUUAAUUAUUACAAUUUUUAUAAUUUGUAAAUUUUAUAGAACAUGGAAGACAUGGGGAAAACCUUACAAAAAAUUAAAAGUAGCUAUGGUGAACAGGGAAGAGUGGAAAUCUAUAGAAGCCAUUGAACCAAAGUUUGAAAAGAAAAAUAAAUGUUAUGUUAACAAGUUUCAUAGUAUACAAUAUGUUUAUGGGUGA